AUCUAUUUCAUUUUAAUUGCACACUAAUUCAGGGAGUUCAGGAACAGAAAACAAACGGCAUAUCUUAUCAUUUAGUUGAUAUCACGCGAACGGUUUUCCUUUCCGUUUCUCGCAUUCUAUAAAUUUCAUGUUGCGCCACGACUCUCGUUUGUGAAAUUGUAUCUCAGCUUAAGACACGGUUUCAACAACAGUUCGUAUUUACGUGUUUACUCAAAUUUCGCGAUCGCAUGCCGAAAAACUAGGAGGUGUUCCCACCUGACUUCAUCAAGCUAACAGUUGCCCCACCAUCGAAUAGGCAAAUUCGGGCGUGGAUAAGCAUUCCUGCCGAUUCCUAGCUAGAAGCGAAUUCGCAGGCACGCGGUUGAGACGUAUCGAUAACGUUAUAAUUUGAGAGAAGGACUUAGCCGAAUUGCAGUGAUUACGCGAGAUCGGUUCUUGUACAAACCAACGUGCACUCGUGCAAUCGAUUGACGUGAUUGCAGUCAACCAUCGUAAAACCAAUUUAUCGAUGGUGAAGUUGUAAAACAUUUAAACAUCCGUUCGUCAAUCGAGAAUUGUAGUGUAGCCUCUCCGCGUAGUAUAAGUGAGUGCGUUGCGCCUCGGCAUUGCUUUUAGAGACACUUUAAUUGUUCACCAUUGUAUCGGACAAUCAAUGACAGACUUUAUUAAAAAAUAUAAACCUUGUGUGAAUGUGCAAUAAUCAAAAGUGUUGCUUGAUCAACAAUCACGCUACUCGAUUGCCUCAUCCUUCUCUCUUUAUCUCUGUUAAACUUACUCCGUCUCGACUCGCUCCUGCAUUCUCGCGCUUUCUCACACUCUAUCAUUCCACUCGCAUUCACUCUCACUCGCUAUCCUUUUUGCUUUUGUGUUGGUGCUUGCUUUUCUCUCAACCACGCUGCGAGGCUGUGCCUCUCUGACACACUACUACAGUGUUCUCAGAUGGGACGGGAUUUUCGCGCAUGCGCGAGAAUGUUUACGCGAAAACAUCACUUAAUUUGCCUAUUAAAAGAUUCUAAAAUUGUGUAACAUAUUAAAUUGAUUAGACCAUUUAACAAGAGUACUCAUACUACUCAUUAAUACCUUUAUUUAAUGAAAGUAAAUACUUUACUGAUGCUGAAUCCACCGCGCAUGCGCUAAAAUCCCGUCCCAUCUGAGAACACUGCACUACCAUCCCGCGUUCUCGCGGAACGGAAUCAGCAGCUCGUUCCGCCGAACUCGAGUGAACGGAGCUCAGUUCGCAAAUAAUGUAAUAUGUUCGUUUUUCUAAACAAUAGAAGAAUAAAAAAGAUAAGUCAAAUGAGACAAGUUGUUAACGGAAGGAAAACACAUAUUUUAUUUUAAAAAAUUUUUAAACGACGUCUAGGUACGUUUCUACUAACGAAUAUUGAGCAGCACUAGUGUAAUUAAAGUAUUUGCACAUUAAUUUAAUCUAAAUGUAAAAAUUACACAUUACAAAUCUUUCUUUGUUUUUUAUACAAUAUCAUAGCUUUAAUGUAUAUGCAUUCAAUCGAAUUCGCUAUUACUCAUUUCCAGCCUAAUUUUAUUAAUUUACUGAGGAUCCAACGGGAUAUGAAGAAGAUAAACAGUAAUUCUUACAUUACAUGUGAAUAGUAACUUUUAACUUUCCAUUGUUUUAAACAAAUAUAAACAUGAACGCUCGCAUCGUUAUUAAAAAUACAAAUAAAUCAGACGGUUAAUAUUAACGAGCAAAUACAGGCAAAGGAUGUAAUUCAAAUAUAAAUAAAUACGUUUGUUUAAAUAAACGCGCUUUGACGCUUUGUUGGCAUUGGGCACGCUUAAUGACGUAUUGGCGCUCAAGAAGAGCUUUGUUUGCCCGGUCGGAGAUGCACAAAAAAACGCUAGGCAAGCGACACAUUUUCGUUUUUUGUCCCACUCCUUUUUCUGAUUCUAACGGCUGGCGGAUCGAAGUUCGAUCAUCAAACUUGUUCACUCUUGCAUCAUUGUUCGGACCAGUGCUGCCAGGCAGGCCGGGUUGCCCCUCCAGUCCCUCUCAGGAACAAGUUAUUUAUGUUUACUGGGAUCCGCGCAAUUGUAACACGUUCCUGAGGGACUGGAGGGGCAGGCUGGCCAGCUGGCAGCACUCUGGCUCGAACUAGUUCGGACGCUUCUUGAGUGAACUUUUCGUUUUGUACGUGCACGCUUUCCUCGAAAAAAAAGGAUCAAUUCCUUGUGGCUGCAAAAACUAAGGCAAGGUUUGAAUACCGAGCGAGAUACUCUCAACGCACUUUCUGGUGGAAGCUCUCUCUAUCAGUUGGUGGGCAAGAAAAGGAACCAAAAACUGUUGUAAUUUUUUGGAAUAAGAUGGACGGAGUUGAUAAGACAGGGCAAAAUUCAAGUAUUGCACCGCCAUCUCAGGUUCUCGAACGGAAAGAGCUAAAAAUUCAUGCCAAUGUGUCAAAAUUACUUUUACCUAUUUCUACAACAUAUACAAAUGAAGAAAAAAACGCAAAAAUCAAUAUCUGUGCCACUGUGAAAAUUGGUGUUCAAAUAUUCGAAAAGUCCUACUCGGUGAAUGCGGCGACCAAGGAAGAAGCUGAGAAAAUCGUAGCAUGCAAAGUUUUAGAAAGUCUUGCUGAGGAAUUAUCGAAUCUCAAAGUGACGACUGUCGAUACGGAAUUGGUAAAAAGACGCAUUUUGAACAUCGUAACUGAGUAUCAAAGUGGAGUUUUCAUGCAUCUAUUACCCGACUUUUACUACGUACAAUAUGGAGAGGCCUUACCUCACAAUUGGCGAAAAAUUAUUAACGACUGCAUUGGUAUUACUCAGAAGAAAGGCUUCGGGGAUUCCACAAUACUUUAUCUAAACUCCCCAACUUUAAAACAAUCGGAAAGUAAUUCCACACUGUCAUUCAAAAUUUCAUCCAAGAAUAUCUUCCCAUCCAACAAAAAUAUAAAGUUAAACUCGAUCAGAUCAGUCGCGCCCGACAUAUUGGCGAUACCUGAUACGGCUACUUGGAUAGUGUGUGCUACUUGCAUUAUAAAUACCGUCGAAAUUUGGGUUCGGCUUUUCGAUCAUAAUGACAAGUUUGUUGAUAUGACAAACGAAAUGAUGAGGCAUUAUGAUCAAAUGAGCGAACGCAUCUCGCCAGCGAUAUGCGUACGUAACGAUUUCUAUGUCGUUUUAAAAGAAAACUAUUGGCGAAGAGUACAAUGCAUUGAUUUCAAUGAUGAAACCAGAAUGGCCACGGUUUUCUUUAUCGACGAGGGACUCGUGGAACAAUAUAAACCUGACGUCCUGCAUCCUAUGGACAAGAAAUUUUUUGUUCUUCCACGUCAGGCUAUCAGAGUAGGUCUUUAUGGAUUAAAACACUUCCGCGAUUAUGACCAAAUAGUACCAGUAAUCAAAGAUUAUCUGCUAAUCGAUCGAACAUUUGACGUGAUUGUACGUGGUAGAAAUGCCGAUGAAUAUGGCUCAUAUGUAACGGUGACUUUUUAUGAUACAAGUACACACGAAGAUAUUAAUAUUAAUCAAAUCCUAGCCGACAAAAUCUUAGAGAAUUUUAAUGUCGCAAUCAAAAUGCGGCCGGGGCAAUUAAUAGAACUAUAUGCAACGCACAUAGACGAACAAGGUAAAGUUUAUGCACAACUAAACUUGGUCGCCAAAACGAUAUUAAAUAGCGAAAAUAUAUCUACAAAUAAUGCUACAGUAGUUGAAGGGAUCACCUUUACAAAAACGUAUCUUGCAAAGUGGAAUUCACAAUGGUACAGAGCAAGAGCGAUUGACAUUUUUGAACAGCAGGGGGAAGUAGCAUUAUUUCUGAUUGACGUCGGUCGAACCGUUCGGAUAUCGAGGAAUAAUCUCUUUAACAUGGACAAAGCCUCACAGAUUCUACAGUACAUUCCUCAGCAGGCGAUGCAAAUCUUUCUGCACAACGUUGAUGAAUGGAAGUACAGAAGGCUUACAAGAUUUCGUGAAUUAGUCUCCGACACAGAUUUACUUGUAGCGAAAAUCGUCAAGUUCAGUACGACCGGGGUCCCAGUGGUAGAGCUUUUCAAAAGAAUCGGGCCAAGUAACACGUUGGUCUCAAUAAAUGCAUCGUUGAUUUAUGAAGACAAACUAUCAAAAAUUAACAAAGACGGCAAUAAUAUUAACAAGCCUAAGAAAUGUCGUGAAAAUUCUCGAGCUUCAGAGUUUGUUGAAAAAUUGAAUCCACCCGUAAUUUCGGACAUUGGUCAAUAUUUCGACGUCCAUGUCACAUUGGUGCUGAGUCCAGGAUACUUCAUUGUGCAACCAUUAAACAAUGUUAACGAAUUAAGAGGAAUGAUGAACGAUUUACAAAAUUGCUACGAGAUGAACGAUGAUUUGCCUUUGGAGUAUAUCAAUGAAGGUAAACUUUAUGCAGGAAAAUACCGCCUUAAGUGGUACAGAGUAUAUGUUACUCACGUUUACAACAAUACUGUUGUGUCCGUGUACUUUUGCGAUUACGGUAACGAGAAAGUAAUAUCCUCCGAAAAUUUGAGGCCAUUGAGAAGCAAAUUCUUGAAAUUGCCGUAUCAAGCGAUAAGAGCUAAACUCGUCGGAAUAAAGCCGAUAAAUGUUGACUGGACGAUGGACGAUUGCAUUAAAUUUAAGGAUUUAGUGUUCGGUAAAAACUUUGUCUCUAUAAUUCAUCAUUCUUCAUUUACCAAUCUUUUGCCAGUCAAUGGUACAAUAUUGAGUUUACGACUGAUUGGCGUUAGUACUGAAAAAGUCAUUUUUAUUGACAAAUUAUUGGUAGAAGAAGGGCGUGCCACAUACAUUGAAGGAUUUUGAAUGAAGUGCUUCCUCUUUAGGAUGUUACAUUAGUUCGGCGAGCAGAAAUAUUUUCUUUAUGAUUAUGCUAUUAUUAUUCUACGACGCCAUGCGUUCCAUGUAAAUAAUACUUUGUUAUUCUUUUAAACAAUUUUUUUUCUUUUGUGAAAGCACGGCGACACAUCGAUGCGCAUGCAAACGUUACAAAUUAUUAUUAUUUUAGUUUAUGUCAAUUAAAUUUGUUUCUUUAAUUAGUUUUGUUAUUUCAAAAUUUUCUUUUUCUUAAAUAUUAAAGGAUAUAAACAAGAUUACAUGCACGUAACAAGUUAACUUAUCAAAGUUCUCGUUUUUACUUAUUUUUGUUUUACGGUUUGUUUAUGCGUAUAUUACAGUAGUCUUCUCAAUGUUAUUAUCAAUUAUGUUUCUGAUAUUACACAUAGACGGAGAUGUAAUUAUUGUUAAACUUGUACUUUUGACUUCCCUUACAUUAAAGUCGAACUCCCUUUUAUUUUAUUAAUAUGGGUUUCUAACAUAUUUUUGCAAAAAUAGAAUUAAAUCGACAUAUCUUCUCUUCUCUUUUUUAACAUAUGUGUUUUUAACAUAUGUGUUUUCUUUUAUGUGUGUUAAUGAUAUUACACGUUUUACAAGUAGGAAUUGUUAACAACUAAAUUAAACAGAUACUAUAUUUUUUUAUUAUUAGAUCGAAUUGAUUAUAAACUGAAAAAGUGUUAUUAAUAUGUUUAGGGGAACAAAAUAAAUUCCAAAUAUAAUAAAUUUUACAUGUUUAAAAAAAAAUUAUUUAUAUUUAACAAUGCAUAAUUUUUAAUAAUUGUAUUAUAAAAAUAAUUAUGAGUCAUUGUCACUACCUUAUAUUAAUUUCAAGUCAUGACUUAUACAAAACAAAGUUUGCUGCGACAAUCCGAAAAUAUUGUGAUAAAUAAUGUACUACUUAUACUAAUUGUAAGAUAAAUUGAAGGAAGAUCACACGGUAGUCUUUCUUCUAAAAUAAUUUUAUCAUGUUAUGGAAUUAAGUGACGAAAAUGUAUACAAUAUUCUUGACCCUUUCAUUUAUUUAUAUAACUAACGUAAUAAGAACUUUGACAUAUUAGCUUUUUUAAAACAAAAAUUUAAUUAAGGUCUGCAAAACUGACGUUUUCCUCAAUGGAUAAAAUGACACCUCCAAUGAAAAAAGAUAUUACGACUAUGUCGUAUGAUGUAAUUAUGUAAUAGAAACUUUCACAUUUUGCUUAUUUACAGUAAACAAUUAAAUUUAAAUUAUAAAAAUAUAAAAAUGGGUGAUAGAAUGUAAAUGGUUAAUUUGAAAGGCAACUUUCUAUACUUUUAUGAUUUUAUAAGUUUAAUCAUUUCACAAAUUUAAAAUUUAAUUAUAAUAAAAUAAAAUUACAAUUGUAAUAUGUAAAACACCAGAAAUGUAUUUUUUUUUCAUUUGUAGUGUUUUAUAUGAUAUACCAUUUUAAUAAAAGCUAUAAUAAUAA